UUUUAAAAGCCAACACAGCAACAUUUCGAUACCUUCGGGCUUUUCACUUUUCGUCUUCUUUUUUUUCUUUUAUUUUUUAUUUUUUUGGGGUUUUUUUUUUUUUUAAUUCUUUUUUAAUUUUUUGGUUAUUUGUCUUUCAAAGAGAGUAUCUUUUCCGGUGUAUAACACAUCGAAUUUUUUCCACCACCACCACCUUAAGCUUUUUCUCCGACAUCCGAUGCUUUGACUUUGACUUCUUUCACGGUCCAAAAGCAUAAAAACGACGAUGGGACAAUGUUGCACCAAGAGCGGGUCCGUUUCCGUGGUCAACAACGAUGUUGGCGCCGCCGACGGCGACAAGUCAAAGCCUUCACUUGCCGGUCGAUCGCCGGCGCCUGCGGGUUCAGGUUCAGGUUCCGGCGAUACCCAUUCCGGGAAAAACACUCCGGUUUACUCCUUCUCUGCCAGCCCAUAUCCUAGCUCAUUACCCGCCGGAGUGGCACCUUCUCCGGCUAGGACGCCGGGGAGGAAGCUCCGGUGGCCUUUACCGCCUCCGUCUCCGGCGAAGCCAAUCAUGGCGGCGCUUUUCCGGCGACAAGGGCGGGCGGACAAGCCGAAAGAGGGACCGAUACCGGAGGAGAGGCACGGAGGUGAUGAAGGUGAGAGAGAGAGCGGGCUGGACAAGAACUUUGGGUACGGGAAGAACUUCGGGGCAAAGUUUGAGAUUGGGAAAGAGGUGGGUCGUGGGCAUUUUGGUCAUACUUGUUGGGCUAAGGGCAAGAAAGGAGAGCUCAAAGGUCAGCCCGUUGCCGUGAAGAUCAUAUCCAAAGCUAAGAUGACAACGGCAAUAGCUGUUGAAGAUGUCCGUAGGGAAGUGAAAAUACUGAAAGCAUUAUCUGGGCAUAAGAAUCUGAUCAAAUUUCAUGAUGCAUUCGAGGAUGUCAAUAAUGUUUACAUAGUUAUGGAGUUAUGUGAAGGUGGAGAACUACUCGACAGAAUCUUGUCAAGAGGUGGAAGAUACACAGAAGAAGAUGCUAAAACUAUUGUUGUGCAGAUUUUAAGUGUAGUUUCCUUCUGUCAUCUUCAAGGUGUUGUGCAUCGUGAUCUAAAGCCAGAGAAUUUUCUUUUUACCACAAGGGAUGAAGAUGCUACAAUGAAGGUUAUUGAUUUUGGUCUCUCUGAUUUUGUUAGGCCAGAUCAGCGACUCAACGAUAUAGUUGGCAGUGCAUACUAUGUUUCACCUGAAGUAUUACAUAGAUCUUACAGUCUUGAAGCAGAUUUAUGGAGUAUUGGUGUCAUAACAUAUAUAUUGCUAUGUGGAAGCAGACCUUUCUGGGCGAGAACUGAAUCAGGGAUCUUUCGUUCAGUGAUAAGAGCUGAUCCUAAUUUUGAUGAUACACCUUGGCCUACAGUGUCACCAGAAGCCAAAGAUUUCGUGAAAAGACUUCUGAACAAGGACCAUAGAAAAAGAAUGACUGCUGCCCAAGCUUUAACUCAUCCGUGGUUACGAGAUGAAAGCCGUGCUGUCCCUUUAGAUAUAUCAAUCUACAAACUAGUUAAGUCAUAUGUUCGUGCCAGUCCUUUGAAACGUGCAGCACUUAAGGCUCUCUCAAAAGCUAUCACAGAAGAUGAGCUCAUUUACCUUCGGGCUCAAUUUAGGCUCUUGGAUCCAAAACAUGGAUUUGUAACGCUUGAAAAUUUUAGAACGGCUCUCAUGAGAAAUUCUACUGAUGCCAUGAGGGAGUCGAGGGUUCCUGACAUUUUAAAUCUGAUGGAACCGCUUUCUUCUAAAAAGAUGGACUUCGAAGAGUUCUGCGCUGCUGCAAUUAGUACAUAUCAGCUGGAAGCUCUUGAAGGAUGGGAGAAGAUUGCAAGUACAGCUUUUGCAAUUUUUGAAAAUGAAGGAAACCGGGUCAUCUCCGUGGAGGAGUUGGCACAGGAGAUGAAUUUGGGUCCUACUGCUUACCCUUUAUUCAAUGAUUGGAUCAGAAAUUCUGAUGGAAAACUUAGCUUCCUUGGAUAUACAAAAUUUUUGCAUGGUGUGACAAUCCGUAGUUCUAAUACAAGACGUCGAUAGAAUUUAACGACAUAAUUUUUUUUUUUACAGGAUUCUUUUUUUUUUUUUUACUGAAGUUGUUUAUUGGUUUAUCUUCAUUUUUGUUGUGUACUUUUUCAGUUGAUGAUGAAACUGAAAAAUUGAGUGUCUACAUAUAUAGGUUGAGAUUGAAGGAGUCCAUUGUAAUAGCUUGUUUGAAUAUGUGAAGUGAAAAAAGAACCAAAAAAAAAAAAAAAAAAAAAUUGCUAAAGACCCUUGAACACAAAGCAAGGUAUUUGUAAAAACAAUCUGUAUACUGUACUAAUUUUGUAGUCCCUUUGAGGCAAUAUAAUUUCGAAGUUUUUGCAUCCAA